AUCAAUUCCGGUUUGAAGACAAAAUGGGUGGCGCCAAAGCUUGACAACAAAGCGGCUGUAACGGACAGUCGACGUCCGAGUGAACGAAAUCUCCGCUGUGUAAAAGUUAAACCUCACGAAAAUGGGGUUAAAUCAGUGACAGUUUGCUGAAGAGUGGAUGAAUUUGGAUCUGCAUUUUAACGUUAGCCGCUGGAGCGGUUACAAAACUCAUUAUGGCUUCGAAGACGGACCAACUUCUCAUCGUGGUUUCAAUCCUGGAAGGUAAGCAAUCAGGAAGGAUUUAAAGCUGUUUAACUUUAAAACUUCACACUUUGCUGAUAAUAGUAACACAAGCGGUACCACGGGGUGAGAAUAUAAGUUAUUUUACUAUUUACAACAGCAUAAUUAACUUUGUUAGACGAGUAUUAACGGACUUACAGUCUGAAAUCAGUGUUGAAGUUACCAGGGGUGUUUGUUUAACUGUCACAGCCAGAACCCCAGGGUUAUAAUGUACAGUGCACUUUUAGCAUAACCCUGGUGAAUGUUACUAGCAGCACCCUGUAAGUGAGGAUUUUCAACUUCUCUGUAAACAUCAAGCUAAUUUAACCAUUCGUUUACAGGUCGUCACUUCCCAAAGAGUCCACGGCUCAGUCUGGUGGUCCAGGCGAGCUUUGAUGGCGAGCAUUUGGCCACAGACCCGGUGGAGCACCGAGAGCAGCCACAGUUCAGCACCGAGCUUGCCUGGGAGCUGCACCGCAGGAUGCUGCACCAACACAAGUCUGUCAAGUAUUCAGAUUCAGACGACUUAAUUCGCUCUAACAGUCUGAAUUAACACAAUAACAAAUGUGCCAAAAUUGAAAAAAUAUACUCUGUUUAAAGGGCAGAUUUUUCUGCUUACACAUUUGUUCCAAGAUGGUUAAAAAUGUUUACAAUUCGAGUCACAGACAGUUAGUUGUUGAUACAUUUGCAAAGCAUUUGAUAGCAGCAAACAGAGCAACAUAAACCAAUGUUUACUACAUUGGUUUAUGUUGCUCUGUUUGCUGCCAUGUCAGCGCUGUCUUUUUGUCUCUGGUGUUUGAAAUAAUUUUGCUCUGUAAAUACUGAUGCAUCUUGACAUUUCCGUCCUUCCAGGCUGCAGAGAACUCCCAUCAAGCUUCAGUGUUUUGCGAUAGACUCUAUGAGCAAGAAGAGAGAGAACGUCGGCUACAUCGUGCUGGACCUUCGAUCUGUGCAGGAGGUCCAACAGGUGAAUAACUUCUCCUCCUUUCUGUAGAUAGAGAGGAGAUCAAUUCUCUGAGCAGUCAUGUUUAUUUUCUGUACCUGUACAAAGGCUGCAUUUUAAAACUACUGUCUGUGUUCAUGUCUAUCAGGAGCCUCGCUGGUAUCCUCUGCUAAACAGCAAAUACACUAAACAGAGACCAGCUCUCCUGCUCAGCAUGCAGCUAGAGAACGACACCAAACCCUCUGAACCCUCUCCUGAUAGAUUCAAAGCCAAGAAGGCCCCACCCCGACAAGGUCAGUACAACUUUGCUGCUUUUGACCUCAGUAUUCUCUAAUCUGUUUUAAGAUGUUUUUGUUUUUCAAAAUUCGUCGAUGUUAGGUGCACUGGCCAACUUUUUAGUUAAAUUUUGAGAUUAUUUGUUGGCUUUUAAUGCCUUUAGUUAGAGGACAAAACACUGGAUAGCGUAGAGAGAGUGGGGGGUUGCAUGCAGCAAAGAGCCAAGGGUCAGAGUCAGACCAAGGCUGUCUGUCUCGAGGUGGAUGUCCUCUACAUGGGGUGCAUAUCAUUGAACUAAAAUGGUGGCCCGUAACUUAAAUGUUUUUUUUAAUCAUAUGUCAUAAAUUCUGAUGCCUCUGCGCUUCUGUGUUUGCUGCUCUGCUGUCGCAGGUUCUCCUUCAGUGACUGAGCUGCUCCCAGAAAAGCUGGAGGCCUCACUGAUCCCAGACCAGGGUUUUCAUCAGAUCGGGCCUGCAGAUAUCUGCUCCGACAUGUUCGUCCUUUCUGUCACUGUGGCCUUCGCUACUAAACUAGAACAGGUAGGUCUAGUUUAAAGUCUGAGAAGGCUGUCACCUGCUGCUGACAUGGCUUAACUUUUUCACUCUUCACUUAAAUGAUGAAAAGAUCAUCGAGUUCCAGUUACCUGAGACAGUCCUCUAAAAGUGACAGUCUGAAGUAACCAACCUCAUGAGUGUCCUUUUUAUUUCCUCAGUUGAUCCCAAACACAAUGAAACUGUCAUCAGAGGGCUCCGAGUUCUUCUUCUUCUACUCUUUACUCGGAAAUGACAUCACCAGCGAGCCUUUUAAUAACCUGCUGAGCCCCGACUUUGAGCCAGAGCGUGCCUCUGUCCGCAUUCGCAGCAGCAAACAGAUCCUCCAGACCUUCCUGUCUCAGCAGCCCAGCUUAGAGGUGAGUCUGAUGAGACGCUUCUUUACCUUCUGUGUCCUUAUCUUGUCAUUUUCAUCAUAUGUCCCUGUGUGUCGUCCUCAGAUCCAUCUCUGCUGCGGGAAUCACUCUCUGGGCAGCACAGACGUCUCUCUCUCCGCUCUGUCAAAUAUUUCUGUCGAUCUGGAGGACAAAGCAGCAACAGUAGAGGGAGCGUUCAUCCUCAAACCUCCUAAACGCAUCAAACAGACUCUGCCGGCUCUACCUCCAGACCUGCAGCCGACUGUCGGAGUUGCCGUGACUCUGAGGAGGGAGGAGGUCAUGCCACAGGUACAUGUUUCAAGAAAACACCUUUUUUUUUGCUUUAUUGAAAUGUUGAAAAUAUUGAUACCCAAAAGUUGAACUUAAAUGUGCCCUUAUUUGGAGGUCUAGUUUUUUAUGUAUUGUUAUAUUUGGGCCAGUAGUUCUAAACUGAACAACUUGAUGGAGCCGGUGUACACACAAACGAUCAGCUGAUCCUGGUCUGGAUCAGUAACUCUUGCAGUGUGUCCUCUGGCUUCCUUUAAUAUCACUUUAAAGUGGACUCAUCCUCGUCUGUCCUUCCUUCAGAGGAUAGGGGCUACAGGAGGAAGCGGGGCUCAAACAAAGUCCAACCCCCCAUCACAGCCUCCUCCCUCUGAACAGAGACCUCGAAGCUCCUCUCCAGUUCGAAAACCUCCUGAUUCUUCUCCUCCCGUUCAUCCUCUUCCUCCUCCUUCCUCUCACACAGAGAGUGAAGCAGAGAGUCUGCUGGAGGAGCUUCAGCGUGUCAAAGAGCAGGCGGGGUUGGCAGGUGAGGCUGGAAAUACUUUUAGACUAGAUCAGACCAAACGGGGUAAAUAAGAUACUUUUUUUGUUGGUGUUUGCAGCUGCAGAUUUGGAGGUUUCCGUUCAGCGGCUGAGUCAGACUGAAGCUCCAGCAGACGGUGAAGCUUCAUCUGUCAGCGUCUCUGCUCCUAAAGUGUCUAUCCCGUCCUCUGCCCAUCACUACUGCUUCUCUCUGGACCUCCACAGCCUCAGAAACCUCAGCCUGACACACCCCAUCAACGCCACACUCAGGUAAGAACUUCACCCAAAAAAUGAGAAAAUAUUGGACUGAGUCAGAGUCAGUGAAGGUCUCAUACACAAACAAAGAAGAGGCCGUCAUAUAACCAGGUAAUAUCUUAAGAAAACAACUUUGAUUGGUAAAAUAAAGGGAUUCAAACACAUUCAAGCCAAAUGAUUCGUAACACCCCUGAACCCUAACAAAUAAGAUGCAUGCUGGGAAAAAGCAGCAGAAAUUCAACUCUUGUUUUCAGAUAAAAUGCAACAAAUUGCUACGAUGUGGAUUUCAAAACUUCAAUUUAUGGCUGUAAAAAUCUUGUUGUUUCAUCUGGAUAACUUAUCUUAGGUGUGAGCACUCUACUGUCUAAAUGAUAUUUUGUAGUGACGAUCAAUGACCUCAUGGUGGCAGUAGCUGCAUUAGUUAUUAAAAAAUACUCAUGCAGACCUGCCAACACUCAGUUUUUUCAGGGUUUCUCUCAUAUUUUAUGGUCUUAUCAUUAUUUCAACUCUAUGAAGUCAUGAAAGCAAAAUAAACUGUCCUCAAAUACACCUCAAGUGACUGUCAUUGCAGUCAAUGUCAAGAAAGUCUGUUUAAAGUCUUCAUGUUCAUACACUGUAAAACCUGAUGAGUAAGUUCAACUCAAAUGAUUUGAGGAAACCGAUUGCCUUGACUCAUUUAAGUUCAUUUACUCAUAUUAAAGCCUUUCUUAUUCUAUACUCAUGAAUCAUUUUUUCCACACUCAUAACUACAACUAAUCUGAGUUGAUCUCCAGUUGCACGUACUCAGUCUUCCACUGAAGCAAAUUGUUAGAUUCUAGUUAAAACAACUUAUGGCUACUCAAUUCAACUGAGGAAACCGAUUGCCUUAAACACUUAAGUAGUAGUAACUCAAUGUAACACAAGUACAGAACAAGCAAACAAUUAAAUAAGUUUAACUCAACAGAUUUACAAAUGCAAACAUUUCAAGCCUAACAUUUUUAUAAAACAAACACGUUUCUUACCUCAUAUGUUAAUGCUGACGAUAUUUCCCUCUUUGCCAAACAACAACAAAAAAACAUUAUGUGACUCAACUGAAAAUUUCAUCUUAAAGUAAACAAAAAACACUGUUUCUCUCUAAAUAGAGAAGAAAAUUUACUUCAUUCUAUGAUAAAAAUGAAAAAAUGUAAUCCAAACAGUAUUAAAGCAGAGGUGAAGUGCAGUAAAAACUAUGACAUCAAUUGUUUAAAACACUUUAAGCUGAACACUGCCAUUUUAAACAUACAACAGUUUCAUGUCCAGUUUUGUGUAGCAAGCUCAACAACUGACAAUGUUAUUGUCAGUAGGAAAACUUGAACAUCCUACUCAAGUUUAUUUCUUAGAGCCUGUAUUUUAGGUUUCAGCUGCCUCUUCAUUCACGACUGCCACCAGAGCCACUGCUGCUUUUGUUGCCACCAACGUAUCCUGAAGGAAUCCUAUCCCAGAAGACAUGUUUGAUAUGACCAGAAUUGAUGAUAAAAAAUAAACACCAUGCAAGUAAGCGUUAUCAAAAAAUUAAGUCAUAAUUAUGGUCAAAAGUGUCAUCUUUGAGAUGGUAAGUCAAAAUCAUGAGAUAAAGUUAUAAUUUAGUAUCUACAUUUAAACCUUUGACCUCAUAAAUUUGACAUUUUUUCCCAUAAUUAAGACUUAAUAGAUCAUAACUUUUACUCAUAUUUUUGACUUUCUCAUAUCUUAAAGUAGCAACUUACCUUGAAUAUAAAACCAAUCCGAGUCAAUUAGGGGCCAAAACUAAUGCCAAACAGCAGUCCCACUUCCCUCUAUGGUUAAAUAUGAAAAUGGCCGUUGAACAAGGGCAUGGCAUGUGUCAAAGGCGCAGCAGAGUUUCCUACCCACGUUAGCAGGGCUUACACUUUCAACACAAGUUAAAUGAGUUCAUGAAAGCUACUCAGCCUGAAAGAGUUCAUGUGACAAACUUUAAAUGUUUUACAAGUACUCAUAAUGCUGUAUAAUUUUAUGAAUACUCAAAACAAGUAGUAGUUGACGCCUCAGUUUUUAAAUUUCAAGUACGGUCAGCUUUAUAGGGAUAAGUGACUGUAACUUUUUUGAGUUUUAACUUAUUUGAACUUAUUUUGAUUAUUGAAAUACACUGUUAGGUUUUACAGUGUAUUUGCCUGUGUGCAACCUUGUGAACAUCUCAAAGCCAGAGGGACCUGCCGUGUGUGUGUGUGUGUGUGUGUGUGUGUGUGUGUGUGUGUGUGUGUGUGUGUGUGUGUGUGUGUGUGUGUGUGUGUGUGUGUGUGUUCGUGAAUGCGCGCACAGAGGCAUCUUCAUAACUGCCCCUCCUGAGCAGCUCAGUGGUUUGAUUGUCUUUGUGUGUUUGUUGUGUGUCAGAUAUUCGUAUCAGUUCUUCGGAAGUGCAGCUCCCAUCAUGACCAACCCUCCUGUGGAGCUGCAGAGGAACAUGGAGGUUUCUCUGCCUCAGUCCUACUGUGCCUUUGACUUUGCCGCUCAGCAUCAGCAAGUUCAGGACACUUUCCUCAGGUAAAAUCUCUCUCUCUCUCUCUCUCUCUCUCUCUCUCUCUCUCUCUCUCUCUAAUGUUUCUAAUGCUUGAAUUAACCUACACAUUCCGCCUUUUAAUCUGCGCUAAUAGUUCUGAAUUUUUCACCUUAAUUGUAUAUAUUUUUUUACCUUAUAUUGUUUUUUGGGGUAAGUUUGCAGUUUUUUUAUCCCAUCUGAAAGUUUUGUGUGUUUAAAAAUAAUGAACUCCACUCUAAGUGCAACUAAAGACUGAGGUCCUGGUGAUACAAAAUGAACUUUACAUCAUUAAGAUAAAUCAUCACAAUGUGACAAACAGUUUUUUAUGAUUCCUGAGACCGAGUUAAAGUGAUUUGGAUAAUAAAGGAUAAUAAAGUCUUUGUUGUCUUUGUUAACUGCAGGAUCAUUUUUGACUAACAGGUGGUGCUACAGGACUGUGAGUCUUCAGUCCAUGAGGCUUGUAAUGUAUUUUAAACAUGAGUGUGUGUUUGAUUGUUGUAGAGUUCCUCUGGUGGUGGAGGUGUGGCACAGAGACUCCACUAGCAGAGACCAGCUGAUCGGACAAGCCUUUAUCCAGCUGUCUCACCUGCUGAGCUCUGCGAGGAGUCGACUCCUCGCAUCCUCAGGUGAGGAGGGCUGGAGACAGACUCACCAGGACCGGAUCCCUGUGGUCAGAGCACAGCGGUGAGAAAAACAACCCUGGAAGUUCUCUCAGUGAUGUGAUAGGUGCUUUUCUCAGCUGAUACAUGAACAUGUUUUUAUCCUUCAGGCCAGGUGAGAAGGUGGCAGAGCUGAGCUACACAGCAACACUUGAGGACCUGGGGCUGAUUAAAACCACAGAGGUCAUCCUCUCAGAGUCUUCACAGGUGAGACAGCUCUGUGUCUGGUUGGUUGAGGUCAGACAGCUUCUUGUUUUAAAUUUCAAAAGGACAAAAUGCCUGGACUAGGACAAACCUCCUCUGACAGCUGCAGUCUUCAUUUAUAGUACGUGGUGUUUUAACCCCUUCUUACUGUCAUGUGGUUUUAGAAUGAGCCUGCUGUUCCCCAACAGCCGCCUCCACACCCUGCUGCUCCAAGUUUGAACCCCACUCCUGUGGGCCCCACGGCUCCAACGGCCCCCAGAGACACCCUGGAGUACAGGACGGCCCUGGAGCUGGAGCUGUGGAAGGAGGAGCAGGAGGAUCUGUUUGAUCAUCAGGUAAACUGGACUUUGAUCUCCAACACUAAGAAAGAAUUGAUGUGAAUACGGUUUGUUUUUAUCAUCACUGAACUGUCUGAACUUCAUCGAAAUGAAUGAAGAUCUCCUUUAAGAGGACUGUUGUUGGGGAGAUUUCUUCAGUCGACGUUUUUUUGAAGGAUGUGUUCAUGUAAUUAUUUUGUGUUUUUCUUUAUUCAUGUGUUUGCUUCAGCUGAGGAGGAAGGAACUCAGCCACAUGCAGGCUCUGGCGGAGGAGUGGAGGAGGAGGGACUCAGAGAGAGAAGCUCUUAUGAAGAAAAAGGUGGAGAGUCAUCGGCGUGCUCACGUUACAGCAGAUUUACUCCUGAGUUUCCUUAUUCACACGCAGGGGGAACUCAAAUGUGACUUUAAUGAGCGGAAAGACAGUUUUUCAAACGCUGACGACUCUUUAUUUCUCCCCGUUCCUUCCUUGUGUUUCCUCUGGUAGGAGGUGGAGUAUGACAAGAUGGAGGAGCAGCUUCAGAAGACUCUGUGUGAUCUGGAGAAAAGAGAGAAACAGCUGGUGGAGGCCGAGCUGGAGGUCAGACCCUAAAACCACAGUCAGAAGUAGAGCAGCCCGAUUACUACAAAAAUCGUCAGCAGCAUUAUUCUGAUUGAUCUGUUCAUCAGAGACAGUGGCCCUCAUUUAUUAAUCUUGCACAGAUCUGAGCGCAGGAUUAUGGUGGCAGUGAACAGCGCUGCCGCGGAGUAGCGGACAGUGGCUAAAGUUUGAAUAAAUCAUUAGUCAAUAAGAUGCUCAUGAUGAUAAAUUAAUAUCUCAUACAUGCCUCAUAUUUGUUUAUUGCCACGACAUAGGGUACGUUGCUCCUAUAAUUGAAAGUAUUUAGUUUUAAUUUGUUGCCUCUUUGUAAUGUAGAGCAGACUGGAGAGUCUGACAGAGGCUGAACAAAAAUAAUUAUUAAUGUCAUCAAACGGUGUGUUGCUGCCCCUGAGGCACAUUUUUAUGGAUUUCUAUUGGAUUUUUAUCACUGAUUAAAUAGCAAGAGCACUUUCUAAACUUAUACUUUACAUCAGAAUACACUGAUAAGGUCCUGUCUCCUCUGUACAGCACCUUUGUGGAGUCUCUCCUCGUUAUUGUUCUCCGGGCAUCGGGUCCUCAUGUUGCACCGGCACAGCCAACGGCACUCCAUUUGCCAGAGCAACAUUGUGUAAAACUGUACUGGCCCAAAUGAUGUCCCACACCCUUUCAGGAGUGUACAACAAUGUCCCUGCUGCUGGGCCAAGACUGAGACACCUGCCUUUCAGGAGUCAAACGCAGUACUCCACAGUGGCGUGUGUGCAUGUGUGCGUAAUGUUAAAACAGCGCUCCUGCUCUGUGGUAGUGUUUAUGGGCAGAGUUAUUAAAUAGGCCUAUUCACUAAGGACAUAACAAAUUUAUUUCAUUUUAUUUACGUCUUAAACUUUAAUGAAAUCUGGCUGAUUGUGCUUAGUGACAGGUUUGAGGUUUGUAUAUCAACUAUUUUGAGACAGAUAUUUGCUGAACCGCAGAUCCACACUCACUCAAACUUGCGUACACAAUGUCAGACCUGUCGUGAGAUUUGGUCGUAGUGUACGCUCAUGUGCAGAUUGAUAAAUGACGAUCCUCAAAUUUUUGUACGCAAGGUGUACGCAAGUUUUCUGCCGUACGCAAGCUUGAUAAAUGAGGGCCACUGUCCCUGAAGUGAUAAAUGCUUCAGUGUGAAUACAUUCAGUACUUUUCAAACCUCUUUAUUGGUCUUUUAUUGGUCUUCAUUAGUUUCAUCAGAGGAUAUUUGGCUCGGCUCUUAGGAAUAUACUCAAGGAUUUUUCACUCAUUUCUGUUUUCAAAGUGCGCUCAGAUUUGGUUUUGGUUGGUUUUAGACGGAGCGGCUGCAGAGGGGGCUGAGAGCUGAACACGACCUGACCCAGAGGGAGCUGCAGGAGAGCAGCAGGAGGCUGCAGCAGGACUGUGACCACCGGGUGGCGCUGGAGAGAGACAAAGUGCGGCUGAUGGAGGAGGAGCGGGGCCGGCUGCUGCAGCAGGUACAAAGACAGACACAGACUCCUUGUAUCUGCUGGUUUAACUGAUGAAAUGAAACUUGAAUUCUUCUGUGUUUGACGAGCAGAUCUCCGAUUGGGAGAGUCGCUACAAACAGCUGGAGAAAGAGUUUCAGCUCUACAGAGAACAACAGAACGUCAGGCCAGAGUUCAGACUGCAGUCAGAGGUCAAUCUGCUCACUCUGGAGAAGGUAACACCACUUUUUUUUUUUCAAUUCAUCUGACCCUGAAACCAGGUGAAAAACUUCAACUCAGACUUUGGUUUUAAGGUGGAGCUGGAGAGAAAGCUGGAGUCCACCACCAAGUCCAAACUGCACUACAAGCAGCAGUGGGGGCGCGCCUUAAAGGAGCUGGCCAGGUUCAAACAGGUACUGGGCUCUGUUUUUAUAUCAAACACUGAGACUGUAUCAUGUCGGAAAAAACAAACCUUUGUAGAAGACCUCAGUGACAUGCUCAUUCCUUAUUUGCUUCCGAUCAUCAUUAGUUAUUUGCUUUUUGAUUAUUGUCCUUUACUCUCAUUUGAACACUUGCAAACCCAGAGUAAGUAGAUCUAAAAGAAUAACAAAGAAUUUUACACAUUCAAGAAAAUAUUCAUAAAGAAAAUCAGUUGCCUAUGAGCAAUAAAUCAAAUGUUUUUAAGAGAAGUCUUUUAGAAAUUCAGCAGACAACAUUUCAUACCCCCGUGUAUGAAAAUAAAAACUUUCCUUAUGUCUGCAGAUUUUUAUUAUCAUCUUUGACUAAUACCAAUCAUUUUUCACUCACUCUGAAAACAACUUUGAUCAAAACUCAGUCAGUUAUUUCCAAGUCAAACUAAAAAUAUAAUAAUGGUUCACAUAAACAGUCAUACAAUACAUUAUCAACUGCAUACUCCAGGAAAUAUUCAACAAAAUCACCACAAACCCAGCAGGAAUCGACAAGAAACAUCUGACAUUUACACCAAAUUAUGUUUUUGUAAAAAAGCAAAAUAUCUCAGAAAAAAUAAUUUAUAAAAAUAAUAUAAAACUAGAGAAGCACUCGAAGAGCGCAGACCUCCGCCAAGCAGCUCAUGUCCCCCCUUAUAUUGUGAUUCACACUGAAACUUUUAGUGUUACGUGUCUUUUAUUAACUUUUAUUUGUAUUUAAACUGGUAUGUUCACUGUUCAUAAUGUUCCUAAAACAACAAAGCUCAUAUUAGAUACAUAAAUGCAUGAUUUAUUAUGCAAUAUUUGUAAGCGUACACUUCCUUGUAUCUUCAUUGGUUAUCUUUCAGCAUUGAAAAUUCCAACAACACCCUUAUUUUUGUGUGUUCUGGAUCACAGUAUCUGGAAUUUUGUCUGGAUCAGGAUCAACCUUUGACACCUCAUAAAAGUCAUUGAGAUCUUUUUGUGUAAUUUUUUACUAAAUACUCUGGCCAUUUUUAUAGAGUUAAAUGCAAAAAUUCCAAAAUGUGCCCUAUCUCACAAUGAUAAAGAAUCCUUCAAAAAAUUCCUGGAUCCAGAAGGCGAUCCAGAUCACCACCAAAAUGUAAUGGGAUCCUCCUGGGGCUGAGACGCACCUCUGGUGAAAAUUUCAGGUCAAUCUGUCUGUAACUUUCUCCGUAAAGUUGCUAUCAGACAAACAAACAAACAAACAAACAAACAAACCAACGUUACGGAAAACAUAACCUCCUUGGUGAAGGUAAUAACUGUGACUGAUGUUAACCAGCCCGAAAACCUGACUCAGGUUUAUCCUCCAUCCCCCACCCCCCUUUGUUUUUUUCUGUUUUCCUUUCUUUCACCCCUCACCCGUCUCUUUUCCUUUAUUUUGAUCCAUUUUCUUUAUUCAUUUUUGACAUCCAUCCUUUUGUCCUUUUCCUAUUUUUUCUCUCUUCUUUCAUCAUUUUCAUGCUUUCUUUCUCCUCUUUCUUAAUUUUUUACUUUUGUAUCAUCCAUUUUCUUUCUGUCUUUACAUUUCUUUGUGUCACUUUUCAUUCCUUCUUCACUUUACUCCUUUUUCCUGCUCUUUCUGGUUGUUUUCUCUCCUCCUCCUCCUCUUCUUCUUCCUUUUAGUGCCACAUCACUGUAAAGAAAACAGGCUGUGAUUUAUUUGGCUCUGCAGGGGUUCAGCUGUAAGUGUCACCCCCCUGUCUAUUAAUCAUCCCUGGGAUUGUGUUGAGCAAUGAGCUAGCCAGGCGCUAACUGUUCAGACGUCUCACUCUCGCUUUUUUCUAAAACAUCAGGCGAGUGUUUACAUGAAUGUCCGUCUGGGCGCUCUGCGGGUCUUAAAGUCGGAGCUUGUUUGGUUUUUCUCGGCCUCUCCUUGCCUCUUUAUUCUCUCCUCUCAGCGCCUGCAUGGCGUGCUGUUUGGCUCAAGUCAGAUCAUAAAAAUUCUUGUCCGAGGAAUAAUGUUCUUUUCAUCCCGGGAGGUGGAGGCAGAGCGAGAAUUAACAUCCACAUCAGAGAGACAGCCUCGCUCUUUUUCUACUCAUAAUAUUGGGACAAGGAGCUUAAGCUGCUGCUUUCAAAGCAAAAAUAUUGAGACAAAGAGAUUAAAGUGAAAAGUGGAGGAGCUAAAUGUGGUGUUUCUAAACCCCCAGAGCCAAACCAGGCGGCUAAAUGUGGCUCUGUAAAAGCUGAGUGAAUUGAUGCAUCAGGAGAAAUGGCUAAACUUGGUCAUUUCAGCAGGUUAUAAAGAAAGACGCAAAUAAUUCAGGACGUAUUUAUGUCUGUAAAUCUUACAGGAACAUAAACCACCAGCUCUGAUGUCAAGUUUGAAAACAGAGUCCCAAAAAUAUCCCUCUCUGUUCCUGCAGGUCUCACAUGUCUGUAGACAAGUCUCAGAGAAGAGACAGAAUUUAAGAAGGGAAGGCUGCCUAACCCUAACCCUACCCACACACGAAAUCUCAACUUAAAAAAGUCCAGAAUUUCAAGAUGACUUUAUCAAUUAAGGUCCUUACACACCGGGACUGUUUUUGUCGUGCGAUUACUUUGGACAUUUUUUUUUGUUCAAACCCGUAUCCUGUCAAUACAUGCGUUCACACCAGCGACGUUUUCCCGUUCUGCGAUAUUGCGGCAUUUAUUUUUUCGGAUCAUGGUCGAUUUUUCUAAAGUUUCGCAUACUUUGUGUCCACUUCUGACCAAUCAGAUUGCGUGUUGUUGUGAUGUCUGAUUCACCAGUAUAUGCAACAUAUCCGACUGGCUGAUUGUUUAUGUAUCGGAAAACAGAGUGCUUUUUGAUUAAAGACACAAAUAUUACAAAGAUAACGACCUGAAGGACAACUUGUGGAGAGUCAUAGUGUCUGAUCUCUAAUAUGACGACGUUUUGUGUGCUUUAACAGUUUGCAAAAUGUCUUUGUCUUGACUUUCAUCUGUGCUAACGUAAGCUAACGGUUGUUACUAUAGUUUCAUGUGCCUGGCCCCGCACAUCUGGUACUGGCCCCGACUCAGUACGUGCUAUCAUGAAGGAAAGCCAUCUCAACACUAGUGUCUAAUCAGAACUGAAAACAAUCAGCGACCGUGGUACAGUUUCAGCUCCUGAACCAAGCAGUGAAACUCACCAAGUUCUCUUCUUUUUUGUAAUAUUGGAUGCACCCAUGUGCUACGUUUCUUUUUCUUUAGGAAGCGUACCAAUUCGCCAUCACUUGAAGUUGAUGUAGACUCUAUUUUUGUCCUCUUGUUUCCACCCGGGACGCUGUAGGUUGUUAAGGGAGAGUCCCGCCCUCCUUCCCCUCUGAUUGGCUAUAAGUGCUGACCGUUUGGCUUGAGCGUGUGAUGACGUUUCCAGCUUUUCUAGACAAUCAGUGGCGAAGGAGGCAGGACUUUCCGCCGGAAAAGUCUUUCCCGGGAUGCGUCUUUUUCUCCCUGGAAAGUCGCAAAAUCACAUCGGCUUGAUGUGUUCAGUCAGACGCGUCAAAAUUUGCCUCCGAAUAUUUCGUGAUUUUGCGUUCUAUAUUCGUGUCGGCCCCGAUGUGUAAGGACCUUUACUCAAGGAUUUAUCAAUGCAGCUAAAAAAACAGUCCCUGAGGACCCCUACACACUUAUCUUUAUCUUUCAAUUACAGUUUCAACCUCCUUCCUGAUGUAGUUCAAGUUCACACCGAUCAGAAUUAACUUGUUCAAGUAUGUGGUUCUUUAAAUCCCGAACUUGCUUCAUGGUAGUUAAACCGAACGAGUCCAUGUUUAUUUGGUUUUAUCUAAAUGACGGGUCCGCAGAGCCUCCAAGACUUCAAUCCAUGAUCCUCAACCACUGACAGCCCUUGAAGUGGAAGGAUUUCAAACUCGGCUGUAGACUCAUUGACAGAGAUUCAGUUGAAACACCAUCUUACAGUCUUUUAACCAUGAAACAUGAAAAAUAGGAAACGACCAACAUUUGUCGGAAGUAAAAUCUAUCUGAAGGUUCAGACUUUUGACCCAAAUACACGAGAAAAUCUGCUUCGUCACUGAGGAUGUGAGAGAGAUUUCCUCUAAAAUAUACAUCUCUAUCAUUUGGCAACAAUGUCCACGUGGUGUUUCAAGACCAUGAUCGAAGCUUUUCAGGUAUUUUUUGAAACCUUACACCUGCAGCCAUUGAAAGUCUUACAGUCCAAACUAAGAACAAGAGAAAGAAGUUGGAAGAAACGGAGAAACCUGAUGAAUACGAGGUUUACUCAAAAGAAAUUUGUAUAUCUGUACAAAGUCGGUGACAGCUCAGCCAUGAAACACAACUCUCAGGUUUUGAACUCCCCAAACAAACUGAGUUAAAUUACGAGAUUUUUUAAAAAGGUAUCAAGAGCUGAAAAAAUGACGUUAGUUUGUCAAACUUGUCUGGAGAAGGACUAAAAAACCCCAUACAGGUUUCUGACAUGCAUGCGUAAAGAAAGAUUUCAGAUUGAUUGAAAAAACGAUCAUGUUCGAUAUCCUGUCUGCUGCAUGGCGUCUUUCCAUCAUGUCCCAGUUUCAGCGUUCCUAGUGUUGCUUAAUCUGUCGGAUAAAAACACCCACGCUAUCAGAUUCAGGGUUCAGUUCCCUGUGGAGUCGUCCAGACUAAAACCGUCGUCUCUCAUGAAGCUGUUUGUGUAAAACUGUCCGUCACAUGGCAGAAAGAACACGUCGUCUGAGGGAACGUCAGCGUUACGGGUCUCUGUGGAGAAUGUCUGAUGGUUCCCACUGUUCAUUCCUGGAAUACUCUGGAGCUCCAGACAGGGAAGGGUCGGGGAGAUUUCAUGGAAUCUCACACUGAAGUUGCAAACAGCAGUUUAUGUUUGGAGAGAAUUUGAGGCAGAACAAAUUAGAGGGAACUAGAAAAAAAUCACAGAGGAAAUUAGGAAGAAAAAAUAAACUUUUGAGAACCAAAGGAGUGAUCAGACUAACAGCUGUUUUCUGGACUGUUGGGUCUCAAAGAAGUUUACAGCUGAAAUUACAGGAUGCAGCAAUAAAAAACAAAACUUCAUGUGCAUUAAGACACACGGCGUGAAGGUGGAGGCAGAAUCAAUGUUUUAUGCUUGUCUAUGCAAAUCCCUCCUGAUGUACUUUGAUGAUUCUGGACAGGAGGUACCUGAUCCAUCAGUCCUUGUUGGUUGUCAAAAAUAUUGUUUCAUCAAAUAUUCUCACAUUUGAACAAACUGGUUUCUGAUGUUUCAUACUUGAUUAUUUGAGUCUUAUAUGAAUGUCAUAACCAACUAAAACCAGUUUAUUUUCUAACCAAGAGGACUGGAUGUUUUGAACAGAGUUCAACAGUGGGCUCUGUGUUUUCAGUCUUCACGUUAAAAAAGUGUGUGGAUCAGAACUGGGCCCACUAUCUCAGGUUAGCACAGCACAUUCUUGAGCUCUGCUCCUGCAGCCUUUAUCUCCAACUUAUCGCUUUAAAAACCAGACGGAGGUGCCUGAAAACACAGAGCCUAACCUUCCCAUCAUGUCAAAUACAACGCUGCUGUGGAGUUAUUGGAUCUAAUCUGUCAUGAGCUGCCGUCAGGGACCAGGCCAUCAGGAUAGUUUUUGAGUUUUUUUGGAGCAGAUUAUCGUACCAACACUUUUUUAUUUUUCCAUCUGGACUGGUGUGGUCAGAUAUUUCACAGGCAUGGAAAAGACUGUUCAUUGGCAUUGUGUCUUUGGUCGUGAAGCUCUUUGUUUUGGUUGGUUUGUAGUAGAGAUACAAGAGUCCUUUCAGUUCUGUAGAGCUUCGUUUUUUAUUCAUUUUAUUUACUUUUUUAAUUAUUUCUUUGGGUGACUUCUAGCCUUUAUUGACAGGAGAGGGUGAAAUGAUGGGAGACAAAGAGAGAUGGGGGAGAACAUGCAGCACAUGGUCAGGGCCGGACUCAAACCCGCAACCGCUGUGGGGACGUUGGUCCCCAUGUAUGGGGCACGCUAAACAGAGAGCUUCUUUUAACCUUACUGCCAAAUACUGUAACUGACCCGAGUGCUUCAGUUCUAAAGAUUGAGGAACAGCAGUCCUGAGAAGGUCUGGAUUUGUAGAGUCAGGGUUGUGAGGGUCACUCAGUCAGUCUGAUGGUUCACGUUACAUCAGAGCAGGAAACUCCCUCAGGUGUGCAGCCACCUCAGCUCUAGGCUGUCAGCUCUUGACACUAAACAGUGCACUCAGACUUUCCUGUGCCUUCAGCUGGUUGGAAACUCGUUUUCCUCUAAUGUGAGCCCCACUGGCCCCGGCUCCCCUCCAUGUUUUAUCCAUCACAUCCCCAAAAACCUCAUUCAGAGCCUGUGGAAAAACUCCCCCAGGUGGAGAUCGGCUCAGAAAACUUCAUGUAAGCAGAGAAAAGUGUGUUCAUGUGAACAAUGAUGAAAGGAUCUGUGUGAGACGUCCUCCCACAGCUGGUGACCUCUGAAAGUGGAGGAGAGGAUGGAGGGAAGACGGAGGGGAACCUGGGGGAGGAGAAGUCAAACUGUGUUUAUGUGUCUAAAAAAAAGUCAGCCCCCUACUGUCCCAGACUCUCCUAAGUCCGUUUGGACUUCCUCUCUGUCUUUAGCAUCCUGAGGUUUUAGCAUCCUGUAGUCUGUUUGAAGCUGGAUCAUGAUAGAGUAACAGUCAGGAUCAGAAUCUGGUUUAUUGUCCUGUGCUUAUACAUUCAUGAGAAAGUGUUUGGUUGAGAGAAGUCUGCCACAGUCUUGACUGCAGGCCUCAGAGUCCUGGAGGUCUACAUCUCCUGUAGGAAUGGACGGUUGCAGUCGAUCACCAUCUCUGCAGAUGACUGGCUGCAGCUUGCUGGGUCUUAAAAGGACAUUCAGAGAGGCUGAGUCUCUCAGCUGGAAAGAGGUUCACCGCUCUGUGAGGAACUGUGUGAGCUCAUAGUUUACAAUAUCAGAACUUUUUAAUGUCUUUCUUUUCCAAAGAAGACACGUUCUGAGCUUUGUUCCCACGUGAACUUAAAUCAGACUGACACCAUAGUUUUGUCCUUUGAAAUGAAUGAAUGUCAAGUUCAAGAAAGAGUCGUUCUGCACAGGUUAGUCCCUCCUCUGCUCUCCAUGACGAUGUUAGCUUUAGCUGCUGGGAGAUUCAGGACGUAACUUUAAAUAUCUUUUACUGCAGGAGAGUUUUUGUAGUCCCCCCCGAGGCCUCAGUAUUACCUCGGCCUCUAAUUGUUUCAGGACUCGGCCUCAGAUUGUCCUUGGCAGUGGGCACUACAGAAAAUGUUUAGCAUGUUUGUUUUUCUAGUAAUUAGCCUUUAAACGGCCUGUAAUACAGACUGUUAAUGGUCCACAGGGAGCCAGGCCUGUGUCAACACACCACCUCAGUGUGUGUGUGUGUGUGUGUGCAUGAUGUGUUCAUGAGAGAUUGUGUGUGUUUUUUCUGUUAGGAGGUGAGGUGAUCAGGCGUGUGAAAAGGGAAGCUUUGUGUGUGUGUGUGUGUGUGUGUGUGUGUGUGUGUGUGUGUGUGUGUGUGUGUGUGUGUGUGUGUGUGUGUGUGUGUGUGUGUGUGUGUGAGCAGAGCAGUAAUGUGAAAAUGUUAGUUUUCCCAUCCAGAUUCAGCCGGCUGCUCGUUCUGCUCUGUGUCACCCGAACACACACACACACACACACUCUGAUUCCAGCUUCUUCGGUCACCUCCUCACUGCUGGGUGGCAUGUUUUCUUUUUUAUUCUGGCCUAUGCUAUCAAUUGGGCUAAGACCAUGAGAAGAUAUUUAAGAGGAAUUUCUUCUAUAUUAAUCAUUUUCACAUAAAUAUUUUUGGGUCUAAAUUAGACACCCAAAUAACUGACCUGUGCUGUCCUCCUGUUGAUACCAAGCAUAUUAGCUUAAACCAAUACGAGGGCAGAGCUCAUACUGACUUAUAUCCCUCCUAACCUGAUUUUAUUGGAUUGGUGUGUUAUGACUCUGUUCUAUGUUUUUAUUCAUAUCAUAAAAUGCCCUUUGAUUUUCUAAGCUGUCAGUGGUUAUAAACAGACUCUUGAUUCACAUACAAUCAUCAGCUGAGCAGAGAGAGGGGAAUGGCUGCAAAGUGAGAGAGAGAUUACCUAACUCCAUAGCCUGAAGUUAUUUGUAAAUGAAUGUAAUUUACUUUUUUUUCUUUUCAACAGUUCACUCUGAGCUUGAAUAAGAUCAAACUUCUACGUUGAAAAGCAUCUCAGAGUCUCAGUGACAUAAACAGCUGAUACAGUGUUUCUGUAUUUUUGUGUGAGAUCUGCCUGGAAAUAAUCGCUCACAGGCCGUCUGAAUCUUUAAUCAUCUUAAACAAAAUGACUGUUCUUGGCCAUGGAGUCUGGUGGUCUUGAAGAGAGGAAUCUAACAUCAGUGUCUUCUGUAAAAAAUCACCUUCUCUUAAAAGUAAAGGUCUGUCUUUCUGCUGUAUUUUAGGACCCCCCCCAAAUCACAGCCUGAGCCUGUCAGUGACAGAAACCACAGUACUGCCCGUCCACUGGAGUCAAACUAAAACUCUUCCAACCAUUGAGCUGGUUAAACUCAGUUUAAAUCAAAAUAGGACCAAAGUGAAAACACCAGACUGUCCCUUUAAGCCAGAUUUCCCAGCAGAUCCCUGAGUGUUAACUUGAGUCUUCUAAAUUGAAAUAGUUCAGAUUUAUAAUCAGAGAUGAGUGUUUUUGUUUUCCCUCCUCAGUCUGUUUCCUUGAUUUAUUAUCAUCCAGCUGUUACAGAGUGCAGAGUGGUAUUCUGGGUAAUUUUGGGAAGUCUGCUCCAUCUGAGCUGGAGGUCUGAGCAGCUGAGAGAAAUAUGACUUUUGGACGUUUUUAUGAAGUUUUCUUUCUGUUCUCAUUGUGUUGGCGUGGCCGUCCUCGUGUGAAUUCUGCAGCUCCAGCAGCAUUUUUCUCAGGGAGGUUUUAUGAAAAUGUGAAGCCAGACAAAUUUAUCACCGUGCUCCGCUCUAUGUAAUGAGGAAAAAUAGUUUCCUGGCAUCUCAAUCCAGGCGUAUUUCAGCACCGGGUCAGAGGCUUGUUUUGAAAUGUUCUCAGUUCAGAUCUGAUUAGUCGAGGAUAGCAGAAGGACGGGUCAGACACGCUGGAAAUCAGAGUCAGGAAGGGGAAAUGUUCAAAUCUGAAACCUGUAAAAACAUCAUUCAGCUGUUUCGACUGAAUCACAUAAACCCGAGUACUUACUGUGUGUUUGCAUGUUUGCAGAGAGAGCAAGAAAACGCUAUGACUCGACUGAAGAAGCAGCAGGCUGAGCUGGAGGCCAUGAGGCUGCGUUACCUGGCGACAGAGCAAAAGGAGGCGGUCCAACAGGACAGACAGGAACUGGAGGACAUCAGGAAUGAACUCAACAGGUGAGGAUGCGCACAGUUACAGUGAGCAGGUGGUUAUGCAAAUCCUAAUUCUCACUGGAGUGAACUUUUCCAUCGAGGUUUCAUUGAGGAGAGACAGAUCAAGGUGACUCCUGUACGCCCUCCGGUGAAUGGAGGGUUAUCAAUCAACCGGAGAUUUAAACACGCAGACUAAUAAACAGCACACUAACACCGCAUUGGUCAUCAUUACAGGUUCACACAUGUUGAUCAGGAUGAGGUCUAGACAUGUUCCUGUAGAGACAGGUGAAACUCUGCUGCCUGUUCCUCCUCAUAUCACAACAACUGAGACUACUUAGCCUGUCAUAACUGCCUUUAAACAUAAAUUGAGUACAUGUCACAACUAUAAGAGUUGUUGUUGUUGUUAUUAGAGAUCAUCUAUAGCUCUGCUGCCAGGUUAUGGAUUACAGGACAGGAAGUGGCUCCACUUUUCCCACCAGCCUGAGACAGACACUAAUGUAAACAUGAACAUUUUCUUUUAAAGGAUUUUGACCAAUCAGAAUCAAGAAUUUAACUCACUUGGUUUUGGUUAUUUAAUCCCGGUGUGAAUGAGUAAAAUCUAAGAACUUGGCACCUCAGGUCCAGUCCAGACUCUCGUAGCAGAUGAAAGACAAACAACAAUAAAUUUUGUGUCAGAAAAUUAAGCCAUUUUUUUCCAACAGAUUAAAACAGCAAGAAGACCGAUUAGGCCCCACCUCCUCCCACCCUGGCCCCGCCCCCUCCCAGACUGUGAAUGAGAGCGCAGAUGAACACCUGACUCGCCUGUUAGAGGAGAGAGACACUCUGCUGAGGACGGGAGUCUACACACACGAAGACCGAAUCAUCACUGAGCUCAACAAGCAGAUACAGGAAGCCAUGAGGGACAGAAACCUCUGACAGUGACCAAUCAGAGGCAGAGACACACCUGAGACUGCAGAUGAAACAGGGGAGGAGGGAGUCCACUGAACUCUGAGACUCUGAAAUCAUUUCAGGAUUUUUUUCAACCGUUUAAAUUUUAUUUACAUGCCCCUGUGAUUCAUCAGAGCUUUAUUAUGAACUUCAUGCUGAUGAUAUAUAAAAAAAAAAACCUGUAAACAUGUGAAUAAGGAACCCUUUGUUUACAUAUUUAUGUCAAACAAGAGUUUGUAGAUCAGAGUCUUUUCAAACUUGUGUUCUGGAGAUUUUCAGAGGUGUUACAAGUCUCAUUUUAAAUGAGAAAAGAAAUCCAGCAUCCUUGAAUGAUGUUUUCUGACAGCAGGGGGCGCUGCAGCCUCAUUAAAACCUGCAGUGUCUCCUCCUGCAGCAGAAAGACAGUUACUUAUUUUAUCCUCAGAGCAGAGCUGAGUCUGCUGUCUGUGUUUGUCUAAAUAAAUUAUUUUGAGAUCAAAUCUAGAGUGUAAAUGUUUGUUUUGUUUUCUAACUUAAUUAUUUUAAACACAGUUUAUUAAAAAUUAUUCACCUUUUCAAUAUUCUCUGCUUUUCAUUUUCUUCAGAUUAAACAUUUAAAGCAUUAAAGUUAUUAUUUUUGAAUAUGUAGAAAUCAAAUACAAGACUGAAAAGUUUCUCUAGCUGGAUUAGAGUUUAUAAGAGUGAAUAAAGUCAAAGUAUAUUC